UUAAAAAAUUCCGAGUCACUACGCUCUUUUUUUUUUAUCAAGUUCAAUUGGAUAUUUGUGAAGUGAGCGUAGAAUUAAAAGUUGUAAAAAUAAGGCUGAAAAAACUGCCGAACUAUUAAGAAAUUGUUCUAAAGUUUAUGAUCUCUUCCAAAUUUUCCACAAAUCCCAAUUACUAACAGUAAACUCUUCUUAAAAGAAGAGUAGAAAUUUUUAAAAAGUUGCAAAACCCACCAAUAGACAUCUAACGAUGUUUAGCGUUAGAAGAACUUUAGCGUCAUAUAAGAAAAUUCGCUUGGCCAGUUUACAGUUCUUAGUUCUUAACAGAAAUUCGGGAGAAGUGGGAAAUUCACUCAACACAAGACGAUUUGGUAGUUUAUUAUUGAGGCAAAAUUCACAUCUUAGUACAAAUAAAUAUAACUUAAGUUCCGUCAAUUCAUUUACACGCGCCAUGUCUUCCGCCAACACAGCUCAUUUUGUUUUGCCUAAUACACAACCAAUUGCUGAUUUGGAGUGUAAAAAUGCUUUCUGUGGCUUAACUGAAAAAGAGAAACUUUACGCCCAUUACUUCAGCAAAGCCUCAUGGGAUGGUGGCCUCAUCGCACUGAUACAGUCCAGUCCAGAAGCACCAUUGAUUUUCUCAUUACUGCACCGUAUUUUCGUUUCCGAACCUUUAGAGGAGCUCAAGGUCAAGGUUUUGGCGAAUGGUAUUAGCGAAGAGGAUUUUACUGCUUUCUUAGUCUACGCUUGCGGUAUUUUCGCCAAUGCUGGCAACUAUAAAGGUAUGGGCGAUAGUAAAAUCAUUCCGAAUUUAGAUGAAAAGAAAUUUGAAGCAAUUGUACGGUUAUCGUCCGCCUACUCCAAUGAUAAACGUGUAUCCGCUGCCUACGAAAAGGCCGCACCACUUAUUUAUGCGUUGAAACCGCGUAAUGAAAUACUGGGAUUCGCUCCAAAUGGUAUAACAACAUACUGGUCUGAGAAUUGCACAAAAGAAGAUGCGGACAUUGUCAACGAAUGGCUGACAUCGAAACGUAUCGAGCCUUAUAUGUGUCGUACAUUUAAGGUGGUGGAAAAUGGACAAACAGUUUAUGACAUAAAACUUGGCUCUGUCGAUUCUACAGAUAAGGAUGGUAUUACUUUACCAUUGGAGAAUUUUAAGGGCAAUAGUUUUCGCGUGACGCGUGGUGAUUACCAAAAAUUAUUGCAGCGUGUUAAUGAAAAUUUGGAAAAAGCGAAAAAAUAUGCAGCAAAUGAAAACGAAGAAAAAAUGAUUGAGCAUUAUAUUAAAUCCUUCCAGGAAGGCUCAUUAGCUGAUCACAAAGAUGGUUCGAGAUGGUGGAUUAAGGAUAAGGGACCAGUGAUUGAAACAUAUAUUGGUUUCAUUGAAACAUAUCGUGAUCCAGCAGGUGGGCGCGCAGAAUUCGAGGGUUUCGUUGCUAUGGUUAACAAGGAGAGUUCUGCAAAAUUUGCGGAGUUGGUUGCACGCGCUGAGAAACUGUUGGAAUAUUUACCUUGGACAGAGGCGUAUGAGAAGGAUACUUACUUGAAACCUGAUUUUACUUCACUAGAUGUGCUGACUUUUGCUGGCAGUGGUGUGCCAGCUGGAAUUAACAUUCCCAAUUAUGACGAAAUCCGUCAGGAUGAAGGUUUUAAAAACGUCUCGCUUGGCAAUGUGUUGGCUAAUAUUAAUCGCAAGGAUCCUAUACCAUUUCUCUCCGAUGAGGAUCAAGAGUUGAUGAAGGAGUACAAAGUAAAAUCCUUCGAGGUACAAGUUGGUUUACACGAGCUGCUCGGUCAUGGUAGCGGCAAGCUAUUCCGCAUAGAUGAAGAUGGCAAUUUCAAUUUCGACAAGGAAAAUACGAAAAAUCUCAUUACCGGCGAACCCAUAACAACUUGGUAUUUACCAGGUGAAACUUACGAUACGAAAUUCGGUGCAAUCGGCUCUUCCUAUGAGGAAUGUCGUGCCGAAGCAGUCGGCCUGUAUCUUUCAUUGCAAUCGGACAUUUUGGAGAUAUUCGGUUUCAAAGAUCCUGUUGAACAGGAGAAAAUCGUUUACAUUAAUUGGUUAAGUUUAAUUUGGAAUGGUAUGGGUGUAGCAUUGGAAAUGUAUAAUCCACAAUCGAAAUUAUGGAUGCAGGCACAUUCCCGGGCACGCUUUGUUAUUAUGAAGGUACUUUUAGAGGCGGGCGAAGGCUUUGUUACCGUCGAGGAGAUCGAAGAUGGCAAAAAUUUACGCCUCACUGUUGAUCGCACGAAAAUUCAAACCGUAGGCAAGCAGGCCAUCGAGGAAUUCUUAAAGAAGCUGCAAGUUUACAAAACCACCGCCGACAUUGCAGCUGCCACAAAAAUGUACGAACACUACUCAGAGGUCAGUGAAGGUGGCUCACAUCCAUGGGCUAAAUGGCGUGACAUUUGUCUCGCACAUAAAAAGCCACGCAUUAUUCUGGUGCAGGCCAACACCGAUGUGGAGAGUGAAAAGGUGAAAUUGAAGACAUACGAUGCCACACACGAGGGUUACAUCAAGUCGUGGGUGGAACGUUAUCCUAACACGGAAAUCGAUGAUAUACUGGAAGAAAUCGCCGAAGAGGAAAAGAAAUACUUUCCAAGUGCCUUUGGAAAUUAGAAAGAGUGCUUUUGUUAUUACUUUUCCGAAAAGUGUAGUAUAUUGAAGCAAUAUUGAUAAAUGUAUGAUGAUUUUCAAUUGUAAUUAAGCAAACAUUUUUCAUGAACAUUGCUGUUUUGUAUUACAACAAAUUGAUGAUGAAAAAUAAAAGUGCAUUUUUUAUG